AUGAUUAAAGCUUUGGUCCUUCUCGCUGUGCUUUUUGACACCAGCCUUUGCCUUUCUGAGAAAGGCAGAAUGGAACUGGCAAAGCCUUUGAGGACACAUAAAGGCAUUGAUCUUGGAAAGCGCCAUGAACGACUGAGAAACCUGGGCCUAAAAAUGGGACUCAACUCUGCUGAAGUGAACAGCACUUCUACAGUGGACGGAACAGCAACAGCUCAGCGCAGAAUUCGAAGAUACUUUUUAGCUGUUGCCAAUCGACAAUAUAUUCGAACGGUUCUGAAGUACCUCCAGCAGCGCACAUGCCUCAAUUUCGUUGAGAGUGCUACAGCACCAGCUCGUAUAAAAGUGAUCAGCGGAUCCGGCUGUUAUUCCUUUGUUGGCUAUCUUGGAAGAGAGCAAGAGUUGUCAUUGGGGAGUGGCUGCAUAAUCGUUGGCACUGUGGCCCACGAGUUCACGCAUGCUCUUGGCUCCAUGCAUACGCAUAUGCGAAGCGACAGAGACAAAUAUGUCACGGUUGAUCUGACGAACGUGACGGAGAGCUAUAGAAACAACUUCGUCAAAUCAUCGAGUUCAAUCAAUAGCGUGCCAUACGAAUACGGUAGCGAUAUGCACUACCAAAGCAACGCCUUUUCGACAAGUGGUAAUUCAUUGAAACCUGCCCAGCCGAGGUUUCAACGCACUAUGGGU